AGCUCCAGAGAGAAAAUAAUGUUGGUGGUUCAUGAAAUGGAGGAUACUCAUGGUUCCCUCCUACACCUGCUACGGGUGGGAGUGCCUGCUCAUCUCAACCAAGAUUCUGAAUGCACCAUUCAGGAGCAAGACCGAUUCAUGCCAAUAGCAAACGUGAUUAGAGUCAUGCGCCGGAUCCUUCCUCCCCGUGCCAAGAUAUCUGAUGACUCCAAACAGACCAUCCAAGAAUGUGUCUCUGAGUUCAUAAGCUUUGUAACUGGUGAAGCCAAUGAGCGUUGCCAGCGUAAGACCAUCACUGCUGAAGAUGUGCUUUGGGCAAUGAGCAAGCUUGGUUUUGAUGACUACAUUGAACCCUUAACUUUCUACCUGCAUCGUUAUCGUGAGUUUGAUGGUGGUGAGCGUGUAACUUUGAGAGGGGAGAAGCGCCCAAUGCUUGAUCACCUGCUGCCUCCAAUAGCUCAUCACCAUGCAGGUCCACCACCAAUGGCCAGCCAACACUAGUUAUAUGCAGGGGGAUGGGAUCACUUCUCAGUGUGCUGUGGAAAGUGAUGACUCUCUUACAGAGGAGUGGUGCGAUCAGUUUCUCUGCUGAAGGAAUUGAUUGAGCUGUUGUUGAAACUUCAAGUUUCUCUGUUACCUAAUCUAGGAUACUUCUUUGCAAAGUUUAGGAAUGUUUCUUUCCAACUAAGUGAGCUGAAUGGUGGCCUCUCCAAUCGGUUGUUAGCAUAGUAUAUAAUGCUGCCU